AUGCAGACCUCAUCUAGACCCCGCGCCGAUGUUGGUGGCAGCUUUGCGAGUCGACGCGGUCAUGCCAGCCAGCUGUCAAUCUCUGACCCCAGUCACCAUGUGACCGAGGCUAUUGGAACCCUUUACGGGGACGACAACUACUCGAACGAGCAACGCAUGAGUUUCCUGAGUCAACAUUACGGCGACCAAAACGACUACGAUGCCGAUCCCGCCGAAGACCCGCGUAGACAGAUGAUACGCUCAGCUUCGGACAAGACAGGCUUGAACAUGGCGCAGAACGGUGCUCCGACGCUGAAAAAGUCGCAGACUUUGCCUACCCGCUCGCCCAGUCAGCGAAGCACCAAUUUCGAAAAUGGCCCCAAGUCGCCCCCUUUAUCUCUGCGAGACGUCAAGAACGAGUCCUCUCAGUUUCCUUUGGGCAACAUCGAGAACCCUAAUGAUAUCGCACAGGAGCUUAGCAACUUGCAGGCCCUGAGACGUAUGUCGAUGGAUGUGGGAAACAAUGCUGACCCUGAUAUGUUGCCAUUCUCCGGCCUCUCGCUCAUGGCCAUGCCCCCCAUCGCCCCCACAGGCGACGAUGACGAGAACGAUCCGUCGAGGUUGCUGUGGGUGCCCGCAGCUGUCCACCCCGAACUUGCGCCAACAGAGUUCAAGAACUUUUUGGAAACUCGCGUCAACACCAUUAAAAGACGAUCAGGCGACUCCUUCAUUUCCGGCGAUGGCAGCAUCGAUCGCAGUGACUCCGGUGGCGGGCUGAGGAGAAAGAAGAGCAUGCUCUCCAGACAAAUCGACACUUCAGGCACCAGAGGUGGGGACGGAUACAUCGAUGGUGCCGAGAGGCUGUCGCGAAAGAGUUCUCUCAGGGACUACUCGACCCCGGAGUUGGACCUUGGCGAACUCGUCAAGGACCCUACCAAGGUAGUGCAGAAGCUGUCAAAGGACUCCCAGGCAGAGGCUGGUGCCGAAGAUGUGCCCAUCUUGCCAGUGGCCCCCGGCAUGGGACUUCGUCGUUCGACGCGCACGACUUAUCGAAAGAACGGAAGUAUGCGAUCGGAGCGUCUGCCCUUUUCAAAACGGGUCGCGAACCGCCACGGUCAUACGGAUUCUUCUGACUCGGCCGAUACGGUGCCUCCUCUGCCCAGCGAAAUACCCAAGACCGCCACACACGCCCGCGUUCCUUCCGAGCCGGUAUCAGAGAAUUUCUCACGCCCGAACCGAUCAGUGCGACGUCAACAAAAGUUCUCCCAAGACAUGAGUACGCCACCAGGCGGAUCUGACGGAGCUUCGGCUGAGGUCGACGAGCCCGUGUCUCCUACCAACACGCGUCCUGAGCCAGCGCUGCAGCCGACUCAGCAGCAUCCCACUCGGGUCUCAUCAGCAUCGGCAGACGCAAGACAGUCUGUGCCGUCUAUUGUCGAGUCGCCGACUACCGAUGACAACGUCCAACGGCAGCAAUUCCCCCAGCGAUCGUCUUCGUCCCAGCAUCCAAGCUCACCGGUUGCUCCGCAGUCUCCUGUGGAAGAGCCUCCUGCUCGCUCAAAUCUGCGCCCUGGCUCGUCGCACUCUGUACAAAGUUCUCACUCAGCCCAGAGUGCUCAUUCGGCACAGAGUCCGACAACGCCCACGAUGCACCAGCCGCCAUCCCAGCAGUCUGUCAAGCAGCAGGCGAGUGCUUCCAACCACUCUUUGAACGACAUGGCGUCUCACCCGUCUGCGCUGCCCGGUAGUGGUGCUAAUCGUACCGACACGCUCACUUUCAUCCCCAUGGCCGUGGAGGAGAAAAAGGAGGAGAAGGUUAAGAAGAAGCUUCAAAAAGAGAGAGACGAUGACUCGGCGAGCGUGUCUUCGACCAAGUCGUCUGGCGGAUGGUCUAAAUGGCUCAAGGGCGGCAGCGACGACAAGGACAAGAAGAAGAAGGAAGAAGAAAAGAAGAAAAAGCACUACACAGACAAGACCCAGGACAACGCGCGACUGGACGUUCUCCAGAACUCGAUCGAGGGCGCCAAAGGCAGAGAAAGCAUCAUUGUGGAUCGCGAAAAUGUCGACAACAAGCUCGCAGAGGAGCGCAAGAAGGAAAGCCGUAAAUCAGAGGCUAAGAAGGAGAAGGAAGGCGGUUUGUUCUCGGGUCUGUUUGGCGGCGGCAAGAAGAAGAGCGACAAGGAGAGUGGCAGCAAGAAGAAUCAGCAUCUGCGCGUCUCGGAGGAGGUUCCCUACAGGCCUCUGAAGCCCGACGUAGACUACCACUGGACCAGAUUCCCGCUGCUCGAGGAGAGGGCGAUUUAUCGGAUGGCUCACAUUAAGCUCGCCAACCCACGUCGGUCGUUGAUGAGUCAGGUCCUGCUCAGCAACUUCAUGUACAACUACCUUGCCAUCGUCCAAGCGAUGCAUCCGCAGAUGCAGGUUCCGCAGUCGCCGCAACAGCGCCGCUUGGAAGAGGAGCGCCGCCGGAAGGAGCAAGAGGAACAGUACCUUGCGCAGCAGCAGAUGCAACAGGAUCAAGAAUCCGGGGGUCAGGAGGGCCAGUACGAUUUUGAUUACCAUCGCGGCGACUCCCAAUACGGAGACCAUCCUCAUGACGAGGUGGACUAUGUCGACGACGCUCAGAUCUACGAGUACGACCAUGGCGGCGAUGCGGACCAUGGACGCGAUGGCUACAACGGCCCUGACAGCUAUGAUCCUCAGCCUGGCAAGCAGUAUUAUCACGACCAGUAUGGGCGCGAUGCCGGCGACGACGACAGGCGACGUGACGGACGAGACGACAUGUGGUAG